GGUGUCCUACAACACGCUCGCUGGUGUUUAAGCAUAAAGUACACCGGCUCCUUCCCAGCGUGGUUUACACUCACAAGGUAGACAGAGAGCGCAUGGAUCACACAACCCGUGGACAGGAAGUUACAUCAUAUUCAUAAAAAAAAAAAGAAAAGAGCCAGAGAGGUGGCCCUCUUCUGGACUGGCUCAGGUAGUGUAGCGUGUGCCAAGGAGGGAAGGACACACACACACUGCUGUGGGGCUGCAGGACGACAGCACACAUGUACAGGGACAUCAUGUGAAGGGCAGGGAGGAUUUACACACACCCGCACACACACACACACACACACACAGAGAGGUGCUUGUGGAAGUGGUUUUGGCAGCAGCAGAGACCAGAGAGUCCGUGGUGGGGAACAGUCUUGAGGAGGGAAGCCUUUUCUACUCACAGCCUGAAGAUGAAGGGAAUGGGCCUAUGAGGACGGACUACAAGACCAUGUGAGCAGGUUGCCGGGCGUCGCAGACAUCCCGCUGAAGUGCUCUCGGUAUUCUGCUGAGAUCCGCACGGACAUCUGUAAGAGGCACCAUGGGCAACUGGCUGCAGUGUUGUCACUCCGUCACAAACUACCUGUGGCGCCGCGCCGUCCCGGGGACGGGGGGCGGCCCGGAGCGCUCCCCCCUGCUGUCCACGGACGGCAGCGACUCCGAUUGGCCGACCCGGCCGGAGGACCAGCAGGACGAGCUGCUGACCGUCAGCGGCGCGUCCGACCGGGUGGCGCUGGAGCGGGAGCACUUCCUGUUCCCCGACAUCAUCCUGAGCAGCAGCGGCGUGCCGGUGGAGCCCAUGGUGUGUCUCCUGGUGUGCGAGGAAGACGAAGAGGGAGGAGGAGGAGGAGGAGGAGUGUACGAGAGGGCGGACGGGGCUGGAGAACACAGGCUGUGGGUGGAGGUGGAGACUCAGACGGAGAGGCAGGAGAGGCAGGGGGUCAUGGGGGUCCAGACCCAGACCCAGCAGCAGGCCGAGGUGCAGACCCAGACCGACAUGCUGACGUGGAGGGACCUGCCCGCCACCGUCCCGGAGGAGACGAUCGGGCGGGUUUGCAGAGAGAACCAGUUCCAUGCAACAACAACAACAACAACAACAACAACAACAACAACAACGUGCGCACGAUUAGAAGCCCAGACGGGCCUGGGACCCUGGUCCGGCGAGCGCCCGGAGAGUUCGCCCGGCGGGAGGGUCCCGGCCCGUCCCGGCCCCCAGUCAGAAGUCGCUCACGAGAUGGAGGGUCACAGGGAGACCAGAGACCCUCAGGGGUACACAGGAGCAGAGUCCGUCGUGGGCCAACUGAACCACAGCCCUGUCGGAGCACGCCUCUCCCUGACAGAACCUCACCCCGUCGGCGCAGACGUGGGAAGACCCCACCAGACGGCCACGCAGGCACACAUUGUGGACGAAGGAACGAUGGGGGAGAAAAUCAAUAAUGGGGAUAUAAUGUUGGACGCGAGUACUGUCCAUUUCCCACAGAGCAAAAGCAUCACUUUGAAGACACUCGAGAAUGUCAGCGGAUUGCUGAGCGAACAAAACGAAAGCCACGCAGAGCGACCACCUGUCCCAGAAGAGGACGGCGGUGCAGCAGUAGGGGAGGGGGUCUGUGGAGACCCCGCUGGUGGGCACCUCAACAAGGAGUGCAAAGGGGGAGCCGAGGUGAAUGUGAACCCCACAGGGCCGGCUGAUCCCCAUGCCUCAGGCCCAGGGGGGGGUAUCGUCAAAACCUCCAGGGACCCAAAGGACAGCCCAGCACCCAUGGGACAGGAUGUAGCGCAGGAAGAGGAGGCGUGGCCCUCCAACGUGGAAGUGGAAGAGCAGGGUGCUGAGCAGAGCGCCGAGCGGAGCGCUGAACGGAGCAGGCCGGAGGAUGGAGGCCCCCCCGCCGGGCCCCGUGGGGAGCGAGGGGGGGUGAAGCUGUUCCUGGUGGACAGGCUCUUCCUCACAGCCCCCCAUGUUAAAGCGGAAAGCUCGGCGUGGGACGCCUUGGAAUGUUCUGGGGCCGAUCAGCGGGAACAGGACCAGGCCAGCAUCCAGGAAGUGGUCAGCCUCCACGAGGCAGGGUUUAUGGUCAGAAUCCAGGCUCCUGCGACGGAGACGUUUGAGCUGCAGGUGUCGGGCCAGAUGCUGGUGACUGAGCUGCAUCAGGUGCUGAUGGACCAUGAGAUGACCUGCCUGCGCACCUGCUUCUCCCUGCAGCUAGGGGGCGCUGUGCUCGACGCCCUCACGGAGCUGCGCCUGGUCCCGGGCCUCGGGGAGGGGGCCCUGGUCAAGGUGGUCGAGGAUCCCUACACGGUGCGCGACGCCCGGCUGCACCUCAAGCACGUGCGCAGCCUCCUGCGGAGCCUGGACGUGGCCGAUGCCCACAACGGGGCCAACGGCAGCUCGCUGUCCUACCUGAGCCUGUACACCAGGGGCCCGCCAGACCCUGUGAACGGGUCUAAGAGCCGCGCCGCGGAGAGGGAGACCAUCGACUGCCUCCUCCCAGACUACAUCACGCCCGGGUGCAAGGACCGCCCCCUGACCCCACUACAGCCAAUCAGAGAGGACUGGAAGCCGCUGCAGUGCCUGCGCGUGCUGACGGUGAACAGCUGGAACCCGCCCCCAGGGAACAGGAAGAUGCACGGGGACCUGAUGUACCUCAACGUGGUGACGGUGGAGGGCCGGGACCUGAACAUCACCGCCUCCACCCGCGGCUUCUACCUCAACCAGUCGACUGCCUUCACCUUUAACCCCAAGCCUGCGCUCCCCAAGACCCUGAGCCAUUCGCUGGUGGAGCUGCUGAGUCAGGUCAGCCCCGUGUUCAGGAGAACCUUCAGCACGCUGCAGAAGAAAAGGGUGCUGCAGCAUCCUUACGAGCGGAUAGCCACGCCUUACCAGGUGUACACCUGGGUCGCGCCACACGCAGACCACGCCCUGGACUGUGUGAGGGCGGAGGAGACCCCUGCCAGCCGGGUGGGCCAGGACGAGCACACGGUCGGACAGAGCCGUGACUGGAACGAGGAGCUGCAGGGUUGCAGAGAACUUCCCCGGAGCAGCCUUCAGGAGCGCCUGCACCGAGAGAGGAACAUCUUUAAGACCAACAGUGACUUUGUCACCGCCGCGACACAAGGGGCCAUUGCGGUUGUCGACGGCAACGUCAUGGCGAUAAACCCCGGGGAGGAGCCCCGGAAGCAGAUGUUCAUCUGGAACAACCUGUUCUUCAGCCUGGGUUUGGACACCGCAGACUACUACCGCCCUCUAGGGGGCGACGCUGCGGCCCACGCCGCACCCGUCUGUGACCUGAGAGGGGUGCAGGCCUACGCUUCCAUCGACAUCCCGGGACUGCACACGCUGGGGACAGCAUUGGUUGAUUACCAUGGUCACCGGGUCACAGCCCAGGCCAUUGUUCCUGGUCUGCUGGAGCAGCACCAGGACCGGGGCCAGCUGUAUGGCUCCAAUGACCACGGACACACUGUUGUCUCGGAUACCAAGUUCCUGGACCUACUGGGUAAGACCUGCAGACCCCUUAGAGUCCAGCGGCACAUGGUCCUGGACCACCACCACACCGCGGUAGAACUCUGCUCCUGCGUCCAGACCAAGGGCAUUCUGGGAAACGACGGAAGAGCCUACAUCCUGGACCUUCACGGGACCUUCCCGCCGGACCUUAACUUCCUGUUGUCAGACGGCAGUGAGGGGGUGCCCGAGGAAUGCAAGAGGCUUGGUUUCCCGUGGAAACACAGACACAGCCUGGCAAGCCUGAGACCCGAGCUCAUAGAGGCCUUCGUCCAGCAUCGGUACGCACUCUUCCAGAACAUGGUGUCCAGUGGCCUGGAGAAGCUUUCUGCAGAUGGAGUCAGCUUGGAGAACAGGUCAGACUCCACAGGAGUCAGGCUCUCUGCAGAUGUACAGAGUGAAGCUCUCAUCAAGACAUUGGCAAAACAAAAUGGUGGCACUGCCAUGGAGGACAUGGAUCCUCAGCGAAGGCAGAUGAUCCUGGAGGCCUGCAGGGCGGUCGGCUCAGUGAGUGACACUUCCUUUGAGAUCUGCUUCAACCCGGAUGUUUGCUCUCCAGCUGUCCGUAUUCCCUCAGAGAGUGUCUAUGAGGUGCCCAAGCAGAAGCAGUUAUUAUGGGAUGCUGCAGCCUUUCUCCUGUCCAAUCAGAUUCCAGCAGUGGUGAGGGACUUCCUAGACCACACAGCAGUGCCCCUGGACGGGGGCUCUCUGAGACUGGCCCUCCACCAGCGGGGGGUCAACAUGCGCUACCUUGGGCUCCUGCUGAGGGCCCUGGAGACGGCCCCGGAGGGAGAGAGGCUGAGCCACGUCCAGAGAAUCUCGAUCAGUGAGGUGAUCAUCAGAAGUGCCAAACACAUCUUCAGGAUCUAUCUACAGAAUGUAGAGGCGGCGGCCCUGUCGGCGGCGGUCAGUCACUUCCUGAACUGCCUGCUAAGCUCCGCCUCCUCGGCCCCUGACUCGGCCGACGAGCUGCUCAGCCGGCGCCGCGGGAGCCGCCGCCGCCGCUCCCAGGGGAGCCGGGCCGCCGCGCUGGCGGAGACAGCCUGGGCGCGGAUGACCCCGGGCGACCUCUGGCGGAAGAUCCAGAACGAGGCUGAGGACUAUUACCACUACACACUACACUGUGACAGUGUAGACGAGGCGGUGGAAAGAUGGAGCCUCCAGAAGAUCUCCCUGCUCAGAGAGAUCGCCAUGAAAACAGGCAUCCAGGUGCAGCUCAGGGACUAUGUGUUCGAGUCCCGCCACCGACCAGUGUUCAGUGAGGAGGAUGUGGUCAACAUGUCCCCCGUGGUCAAACAUCUCAGACCCUCGGCCACUGAUGCCACCGGCCUGAUCCAGCAGGCCCAGGUGGCCGUGCAGCAGGGUCUUCUUGGGGAGGGGUAUGAGCUGAUCCAGCAGGCGAUGACCCUGUUCAGCAGUGUAUGUGGGAUCCAACAUGAGGACGUGUCCACCUGCCUUCGUCUUCUGGCCCGGAUCAGCUACAUCACCGGAGAAUAUGCUGACGCACUGAGUCACCAGGAGAAAGCGGUGAUGUGUACUGAGAGGGUCCAGGGUAUCGAUCACCCACAGACCAUACAGGACUAUAUGCUCUUGGCCUUGUAUUGCUUCGCCGCCGGGCAGCCAGCCGCUGUGUUGCGCCUGCUGGGCCGAGCCCGUUACCUCACCCUCCUGCUGAGUGGAGAGGAUCACCCGCAGCUCGUGCAGCUGGAUAGUAUGCUAGGUCUGGUUCUUCAUGGCCUGAUGAACUAUGACCAGUCCCUGAAGUUCCUGCAGAAUGGCUUAAAGAUGACGCUGAAAUACAACGGUGCCUCAUCACUCAAAUGUGCACACAGUCAUCACCUGCUGGCCACGCUGCUGGAGAGCAGAGGAGACUAUCGUCUGGCACUGCAGCAUGAGAAGGAGGCGUACUCUCUCUACAGGAGUCAGGCAGGUGAGGACCAUGACAGCACAAAGGAGAGCUCAGAGUACCUGCAGACUCUGACCAGGCAGGCUGUGAUUCUACAGAGAGCUCUCAACCACAUCUACAGCAACACACCCAACGCCUGCACUCCCCCGCCAAAGUUUUCUACACCCAGCCUCCCCAUGAUCCUGCAGCAGCUCAAUAUAACGUGUGGCAUUCUGUUCAUACCACUGAGUGAGAAACAAGUUGCAGAUCUGAAGAUUGAAUUGAAAGGAGCGCAAACAGAUCAUGUGCACGGAGUGGAGCAAUAGCACAAGACUAUACAAAAUAUUAGUCAUCCGUGGGCAUUGCGCGUCCAAAUACUAAUUCUUUAAAUUAAUAAUAUUUAUUCUAAUCUAUUUUUCCUCAUUAUUCCUUUCAGUUGAUCAAACUUGCUUAAUAAAAGCAAGAACAAACAAAUGUAUUUGUGGCUCUUAUAUUGAAAAAUGUGUUGUUGAGAUGACCACUUUACGUCCCUUUGGUGGUGGGAAUGUCUUUGAUGAGGGGAAGGACAUGAGCAAUGAUGGCAUACUGUGGAUAACAAAUAUAUUUCAAGGAUUUGUGUGAGCCUUUAAAUGAACGCCCUGUACUGUGAUGGUCUGAACCUGAUAUAAGUGUUUUUAUAUGGGACGGCGAGGGCAUCACAGAUCCAGUUUGAUGCACUGGCAGCAAAUCAUCUGAUUGUAUUUUAUUAAUUCUAUUAAUUUCCGCAAGCUCAUUGAUUGUCUGUAUUAAAGGCAUAGUGGGCACCUUUUA